AUGUCCCAUCUCACACACGGUGGCAGAAUCGUGCCCAUACUGGCUGGCCCCCAACAGCACGAACCCGCCACCCCAGAGACGGCUGUUGUGAAGAAUGACUCUGGGGAACAUCUGGAGCAUGCGAAUCUGCUGCAGGAUCAGCGGGAUGGGCUCUCGGCCAUGACUCGCCAGAGCAAGGCCCUGGACCACGAGAGCCUGGAGAUGCCCUGCCUCAAAGAGCGUGAUCUCUUUGCCCUACCAACAGAAGGAGACGGGGGGGGUGAGCGUCGUCGUCCCAAACGGGCGGCCGCCUCGGCCUAUGCCACGCGUUCGGCCGAUGUGUCGGCACCCUCGGAGGAGGAAAAAGAGCGACGGUUCGAGGAGAUGGUAGCUUCCACCCGCAAGAAUAGCGAAUGGGGGAGCUCCGAGCAUCUCCAGGCCUUCUGCCAGGUGUUCAAAGUCGAUGUGAAUGUUUACACCAUGGACGGCGUCCAGGUAUUUCGGGAUGUACAUGCCCCUGCGGACCAACCACGAGAUGUGGUCCAUGUUGCCUUUCACGUAAGUUUGAACUUGUCCUUUUAUGGUCUUGUCGGGUUAUCUCUGAUUGCAAAACAGGACUUCAAGCACUAUUCCUCCGUGCGGAGCAUGGAUGGCAUCCACAAGGGACUUUUUACCCAGAAGGCAUACCUCGACCGUCUUCAAGAGCCCUCGAAGAAACUUGGAGAUGCCAAAGAUGGGGACAUUGCGUCCGACGAGAAGACUCGGGUCCUCGACAGCUCCGCAGACAAGGAUGCCGGUUUGGCCGUCGACCUGUACGCUCCGUGGGAUAUCAAGUCCAUUCAAGAAGGACUUGGUGGCCGGUACGACCGAGAAACGAUUGUUGAUAUGCUGCAAAAAUGCCGCGGCGAUAUCGACCGCGCCUUUGCCGCUCUCCUAGACGAGAAGAGCGAUACAUCUGCCGACAAAAAAGUCGUCCAGGGCCCACCCCUCAAACCCAGUUUACAGGCAUCCCGGUCAUCAUCCCCAUUCAGCACGGGUAGCAAGCGGUCAGCCGAUGAUAGCGACGAUUCCGAAGACCCUCGCCCUGCGACGCGGCGCGUCCGACCAAAGAGGCGGAUUGUCUCGAAUCUCACGCUGGGCGUUGGCAUUUCCUUCCGGGACGACCACAACGAAUUGGUCUCCCUCAAUCUUCGGAUGAAAUCCGACUCCGAAAAAGGCCAAAGUACCGACUCCGCCUCGGAUAUCGCACCCUCAGAAUUCUCAGAAAUGGACCGAAAGAACGGUCCCCGUCGCAGCGGACGUAUCUCGCGCCCGCGCCCGGUCUGA